AUGUCCUUCAUCUCCCAAGUACCGGGAAAGGACCAGCCUGCUAGUGUUGCCGCGCUCGUUUAUUCAAACACAAAGACCCACUGUGUUGAUUCCAUGUUUCCAGGCAAGAUGGUCAUUGUAAAUUCGAAAGUUAUUUUGCCCCUUGCGGGACUCCUUGCCGUUGCCGCUGCGGAGCCGCAGUAUGGCUGCAAACCGCAGACUAUCUGUGUUGAUGCCAUCAACAAAUGCGGCGUCAAGUACGGAGGAUGUUACAAUGUCUGUGACAAUGCUGCCAAACCGAAGCCGCCGCCAUGCUCGUCGGAUGACUGCCAGAGCCGUACCGUUUGCGCCGAUAUGACCAACUCUUGCGGACAGCUCUGGGGAACAUGCUUCGCCGACUGCAAACCGUGGCCGUCAAUGACUCCACCGCCGUGCGAACCCUCGGUCACUGACAAGCCGCCCAUCACGACCGUGUCGACUAUCACGUUCUCCACGGUCUCGCCCGGCAGUGCGUCUAGCGAUGACUGCUCCACUAGGACUGUCUGCGCAGACUACAUCAACGACUGCGGCCAGAUGUACGGGGGGUGCUUCCCUGACUGCAAGCCAUGGCCCACGUUCACGCCACCGCCUUGCACUUCCACGUCGACAGCGACCCCGAGCACGCCGACUCCGGUGACCGACGAUUGCUCGACCAGAACGGUCUGCGCUGACUACGUCAACGAGUGUGGCCAGAUGUAUGGAGGAUGCUUCCCUGACUGCAAGCCAUGGCCCACGUUUACGCCGCCGCCGUGCACGAAGACCAGCAAGACCAAGAAGAGCAGGACCAAGAAGCCAAAGACCACGCCAAGCCCGACGACGACGGAUGACUGCUCGACCAGGACAGUCUGUGCCGACUAUGUCAACGAGUGCGGCCAGUGGUACGGAGGAUGUUUCCCUGACUGCAAGCCGUGGCCGACCUUCACACCGCCGCCAUGUACUCUCACAACGACCACGACGCCGCCAGUAGUCACCCCACCGCCGGAGACGACGAGCUGCACGGCGACCGACACGGUCUGCGUUGACAGCAUCAAUGCAUGCGGCCAGACCUAUGGAGGUCCCCUAAAGAUCUUCGAUCUGGCAAAGAAGCAGGGCAAGUUUGUCUAUGCCUCGGCACCCAUGGUUCGGUAUAGCAAGGUAUAUCGCCCAUUUCUUUCUUACAAUUUCAUUGUACAUGGGACUGACUUUCUUGUGCCACUUGGCCUCCCUCAGCUUGCUUUUCGUCAAACGGCCUACGAGUAUGGGACCGACCUCUGCUGGACUCCGAUGAUUCUCGCCAAGGAGUUCAACCGGAACCAAUUCGCCCGCGACAGUGAUCUCACCCUGUCGACCUCGGGACCCCAGCCGCCUACCAUUGUGCAGUUUGGCGCCAACCGGCCGCUCGAGUUCGCCCGGGCGUCCUCGCUGGCCGCGCCCUUCGUGAGCGGCGUCGACCUGAACUGCGGCUGCCCCCAGGGGUGGGCGUGCGCGGAGACGCUGGGAGCGGCGCUCAUGGAGCAGCGGGAGCUGGUGCGAGACAUGGUCGUCGAGGCGAGGCGGCGCCUGCGCGAAGACGGGUGGGACGUGGGAAUGGAGGCCGACAUGCACAGCGACAAGGGCAGGAGCGUCAGUGUCAAGAUACGGGUGCACAAAGACCUCAGGAAAACGAUAGACUUUAUCGAUACCGUGCUAGGGCAUGACCAACAACGGCAAAUCGAUUUUCUCACGAUUCACCCUCGUACGAGGUACACGCCUUCGCGAGAAGCCAUCAGCGUUGAGGCGCUGGAGCUGCUAACCUCCAAGUAUGGAGACCGGGUGCCGAUUCUCGUGUCCGGCGAUGUGUUUACGCUGAACACACUGCCCUACACAUCGCCGCUUUUGAACCGCAGCAAGGACGGGUCAGCAGGACUCGUCAGAGCGUGGGAACCGCCGACCAAUGGCCAUGCUACACCGAAACUUGAAGAGCUUCCAGACGAGCCCAUCCCCUGGAAGCAUCAGACACCGCCGCCAGCAACAACCCCUCCGGUCCUCCCGCACCUCCCCAAGCUAGCAGGCCUGAUGUCUGCACGCGCCAUCCUAGCCAACCCGGCCCUGUAUGCCGGCCACGACACAUGCCCCUGGGAAGCCGUCGAGCUGUUCAUGAACAAGGCGGCCAGGGCGCCGCUGCACCUGAAGCUGGUGCUGCACCACCUGACGGAGAUGUGCGGCCCGGGCAUGGGCUCCGACAAGCGCUCGCUGCUCAGCAAGAAGGAGAGGAUCGACAUGCUCGAGUGCCGGAAUAUGUGUGACCUGAUCGAUUUCCUAGACGACAAGAUGAGCAUACAAAUGCCAGACCGGAAGGAAGGCAUGCGGAGGAUAGGGAACAGGCCCGAGGACACGGAGAAGGGCUGA